UCACCACCCCCUCAUUUUAUCUUCUCUUCUUCAUCUCUCUCUCUCUUUCUUUCAUUUUUAACCUUCUUCGUUCAUGGCUUCCUCACCAUCUUCUACCCUGAAUACUAAUUCUAUAAAUUCUCAAAACAGAUUCUCUUUCUCAACCCAACUGGUUAUGACUUCUUCUAAUUCUAAUUCUUCUUUUGUGAAUCUUCUUUCCAGUAAUAACAGUAAUACAAAAGAUAUGGAAAAUAUUAGUUGGGGAUUUUAUGACCAAGGAAUAGAAAUCCCAAAAUUCAAAUCAUUUCCACCUCCUUCUUUACCUUUAUCUCCUCCUCCACCUUCUCCUUCUUCUUAUUUUGCAAUUCCUCCUGGUUUAAGCCCAACUGAACUUUUGGACUCACCUGUUCUUUUUUCUGCCUCUAAUGUUCUUCCUUCUCCAACUACCGGAUCUUUUGCUGGUCAAACUUUCAAUUGGAGGAGUAUUUCUAGUGAUAAUAAUGAUCAAAGAGGUGUUAGAAGAGAAGAGAAAAAUUACUAUGAUUUCUCUUUCCCAACCCAAACAAAUCCUAUUCCUACAUCAUCAUCAUCUUCUUCCAUCUUUCAAUCUUCUUCAAGCCUUGUCUCAGUGGAGGAAUCGAUCAAAAGGCAACAAGAAGCAUGGAAUUUUAACAAAACGACAAAACAAAGAGAAUUGGCGCCAGAAAUAGCAGGAUCAGUAAAGUCAGAAUUUAGACCAACACAGAGUUUGUUGUCAGAAAUGGCUCCACUUCAAUCUUCUGCUGCUCAACCCACUCACAAUCACUACAAUCCACCAGCAGCUCCAUAUAUGAGAGAGCAAAGAAAAUCUGAUGAUGGAUACAACUGGAGAAAAUAUGGACAGAAACAGGUCAAAGGAAGUGAAAACCCACGUAGUUAUUAUAAAUGCACAUUUCCAAAUUGUCCAACAAAGAAGAAAGUAGAGAGAUCUUUAGAUGGACAGAUUACUGAAAUAGUCUAUAAGGGAAGUCAUAAUCAUCAUAAGCCUCAGUCAAGAUCAUCUUCUCAGGCAAUGCAAGGAGCUAGUUCAGAGAAAUCAGAUCAAUCAGUUCCUCCAAUGGACUCCAUUACCAUGCAGGAAGAUUCUUCUAUUUCUGUUGGAGAAGACGAGUUCGAUCAGAAUUCGCCAAUUAGUAAUUCUGUUGAUGAUGAUGAUGAAAAUGAACCUGAAGCCAAGAGAUUCAAGGGACAGAAUGAAAAUGAGAGUAUUUUGGCUGCUGGGAGUAGGACUGUCAGAGAACCCAGAAUUGUAGUUCAAACAACAAGUGAUAUUGACAUACUUGAUGAUGGUUAUAGAUGGAGGAAAUAUGGACAGAAAGUAGUCAAAGGAAAUCCCAAUCCAAGGAGCUACUACAAAUGCACAUCCAUUGGUUGUCCUGUGAGGAAACACGUAGAACGAGCAUCGCAUGAUACGAGGGCAGUGAUCACCACUUAUGAAGGGAAGCACAACCAUGAUGUUCCGGCAGCUCGUGGCAGUGGCUAUGCAUCUAACAGACCUGCACUGAGUGCCAACAAUAGCAAUAUGCCUAUUCCUAUUAGGCCCUCUGCCACAGCCAACACGAGUUAUCCGAACACUCUUCACACUGCAAGGUUGCCUACAUCAGCAGGUCAAGCACCAUUCACCCUUGAAAUGUUGCAAAAUCCAGGAAGCAUUGGAUUCUCUGGUUUUGAAAAACCAAAUACCAGUUCGCACAUGAAUCAAACACAGUACACACAAGGUGUGUUCUCCUCCGGAGCUAAGGAAGAACCAAAAGAUGACUUAUUUUUUGAUUCUUUCUUAUCUUGAAACAGUCAACUAAUUCCAGAAGCAAUUAGGAUCCAGGAAACAUCAUUUGAUUAGAUAUGUUUGUAAUAUUGUAAUAUAGCUGUAGUGCAAAUUUUUUCAUUUGUUUUGAGGCCUUAUUUAAGCUUAACAGACUGGGCCUCAAUUUGUCACAAUCACAGCAUACAAUAACUGAGUAGAGAAUUAAAGAGACCUAAAUGUUUAUUUUUCAGUCUCA